AUGUCAUUCAACAUCGGAAACAGCGACCGCCUCCCCGCCACCGGAGGAGGCACCAACGCAAACUACAACAAGAACCCGCUUCAACAAGCAAUCAACUCCUCACAAUCCAAGCACGACGCCGACAUGAUCCUCACCCCCGACCACCCAUCCUGGCAUGCCGACCACUCCUCCGCCGCCCAAGGAUCCUCUCAGCAGAACGCUCAGAACAACAACACCGGUGGUCAAUCCGGACCAGGCGCUCCCUAUACCGGAGGUCAUGCCAACACGGGCAACACAGGUCCCUUCCGCGCAGGUCCCGAUCAUGAAUCGUACUUGCCCUCCAAUGCUGUUCCCCAGGGUGCUCGUUUUGAUCCCAUCGUGCCCGAAGAUGUUCGUCAGAGUCUUCCUAACAGGAAUGCAGCUGGACACCAUCAGGGUCAGGGCCGUCCUGGACAAAACCCUCCUGGUUUUGCGAGCGGUGAACCCGACUAUGAUGAGCUCUUACCUCCCAACUAG